AUGAGGCUCUUGGGGAAGUUGCUUUAUCUGACCAUCACAGGGCCAUACAUUUCUUUUGCUGUUCAGAGUCUCAGCCAAUUUAUACACAGUCCUAAAGUUUCUCAUAUGGAAGCUGUUCUCAGGGUGGUCAGAUAUAUCAAGACUAGUCUAGGAUUAGGGCUCUUCUUUACUGCCCAUUGUUCUGAGUCACUUUCAGCAUUUUGCGAUGCAGAUUGGGUUGCAUGUCCUAAUACGCGCAAGUCAGUUACAGGAUAUUUUGUUAAGCUUGGUACUUCCUUGAUCUCUUGGAAAUCUAAAAAGAAAUCUACCAUUUCUAGAAGCUCAGCUGAAGCAGAAUAUCGCAGCCUCGCUUCAACUGUCGCUGAGGUUGUGUGGAUUCUUGGUUUACUCAAGGAGCUGGGGCUCGAGCAUCAGUCUCCUGUGCCUAUCUACUGUGAUAGCAAGUCAGCUCUUGCCAUUGCUGCCAAUCCUGUUUUUCAUAAACACACGAAGCAUAUUGAUAUUGAUUGCCAUUUCAUCCGUGAGAAGAUUCAAUAG